UCCCUCAGCAGAAUGGGCAGGAGCUUAGUAACAUAAUUUUUUUAAUAUUUCCUGUGGCACCUCUCUCCUCCGCAAAUAAAACAGCAGGCAACGACACGGUCACCACACCCUCAGAUCUCUCUCUCUCUCUCUCUCUCUCUCUCUCUCUAACUAUCCUUUGUACUUUUGUAUACCCUCUCGAAGCCAACUCCAUCCCUCGUACUUUUUCUUUUUUGAUCCGCCAUCCCUCGUACUUAUAUACUCCAACAUACUCCUUAUAGACAACACAUAUCUACAUACUAUAACUCUCAUACAUCGGUCCAUACAUCUAAAUUCUACCCGAAAGAUUUGAAAAAACACAAAAACCGAUGGGGCUGCAGAGUCAAGUGAGCGAUUGCUCAUCGCAAUCGAUCUUCAUCCUUCUAGUCGAAAUCGUCGCCAACUGCGCAUGUUACCUCCGCUCCGUCUUUUUCCCUCUCCUCCGGUCCACGGGCAUCUCUCCAAUCGAACCGGACGAGCUCGACGAUGGGAGGAUGCUGGGCUCAGGACUCUCCGGUCUAAUCGUUUUAUCAGAGCAACUCCAUCUGAACCGGGUUUUUUCUUACAGCUAUGAUUGUGGUGGUGGUGGUGAUGGAAGUAGCGGUUCGGAAUGCGUGGUUUGUUUGUCCGGUCUGAGGGAAGGCGAGCAAGUGCGCAGGUUAGCGUGCCGCCACGUGUUCCACAAGGGGUGCUUAGACGGGUGGCUCGAGCAUUUUAACUUCAAUUGCCCUCUGUGCCGCUCGCCGCUGGUUUCCGGCGAGCGCGUAGCCGGAGCGGAGCGGCGCGUUGGUCAUGACCUCCUCACGUUUUUCUCUUACCGGUGAAUUGCUAUGGUUAUGAUUACGAUGAUGAUGCAUGACAUCAUGGUACAAAAUGAUGGUGUGUUGGAGGGUGAGUUUUCUAGAUCUAGCAAAACAAUCCAAAAACUCAGAUACAUUCGAUUCGAUGCAGGUGGAUCUAUAUAUCUCGAACGGCUUCGAAUGUAAUUAUAUACGGAAUGUGGAAUAUGUUUGAAACUGUUUUCUAGAUUUUUUUUUAAAAUUGCUGGAAGACCCUUUUUUUUUUCGAUUUUAAUUUUUAGGGUUAAAGGGUUUGUGACAGUUUUGACCUUUUCCCUUGCUAUCAUUUUUCUUUUUCCCCCUUUUUUAAGAGCUCUGUGGAGGGUUCUUUUUUACUUGCGGCUGUAAAUUUUUGACUUUUGGUUUUCUUUCUGUUUUUAAUACUACUCGAUAAGUAAGCUCGUGUAUUGUGAUUAGUUGUAAGAUGUAAAUUGUUGUUUCUGUUUGUAGCUAUGAUGAGGGAGAUUUUUCAAUA